AUGAGGUUCCUGGUCCAGGUGUUGAUAUAUUUAGGCCUCAGCCGACUCGGUCUCUGUUUUUUCUUAAGAACCUCGGAGGACCUGGGGAAGUCCCAACUAUACAAGGAUCCAGGAGUCAACUCUUCUGCCUGGAUACCUUCGACGCCUCCCUGUCGAAUCGUAUGGAGUCACUACAGGCAUGAGGCCUCUGGGAGAAACCUGCACCAGCGGAGUUGGCUGACCUCCAGAUGGCGUGGAUAUCUGUUCAAUCCUGGAGCUUCCCUUGCAACUGUUUGCUAUUCGCGUCUUAAUUCCUUGCCUUCUCAAGCAGAGGGUCACCAGCCCCUGCCUUCAGGUGCAGGCAGUUCUGCUGCUCAGCAACCUCUUCGGCCAGAUCCCGUCCAACAAAAAGCAGAAGAGGUUUCGCGUACUUCGCCAUCAGAGAAUUCUGCUGGUGGGACUGGAGAUAUUCAGGAGGUUGAGAUUGACGCAACGCUAGAUGGAAUAAGCCGAGAAGGCCUGUUGCAGCUGCUGCAGGAGCUAAAGCAGCAAACGCCUGAACUCAUACGCCUUCUCCCCUCCCCAAACACCUCGGAUCUCGAGAACUUGUCUACUGAACAGCUCCGUGGCCUUGUGGAGCGGCUGCUAAACCUAGCAGAGGCGGCAGACGCACACGAAGGCGUUGAUCCUGUAAGUGUGGGCGCUGAAGAGCUCUCCACAACCGUUUCUCGUGGUGAGGUGAAGCCGCAACACGCGCAGCCCUUUCCGGAACCUCAACCUCUGAAGCAGAAGGAGGACAGCAAAUACAAACAGAAGAGGGAGAAGCAACGAGCAAGGAAGCAUGAGCACGAAGAUCGGCAGCAGCAGCACAGUGGGGCAAAUGUUCAACCAUCUCAACGCGCUCUAGCCCAAGCUGACGCCGCUGCUGCUGCUGCUACUUCUGCAGCUGCUGUCGAGGCUCAGCAACUACUGGAAAUAGGUUCUUCAGAAGAGGAGGGGGAAGGGCUGUUUUCUGCGCUGCAGGAGCAGCUGCCAGUGAUGCCAGAAGUCGACGUUUUGGACCUCUUGGUUACAAUGGGCCCUGUACUUCUUGCGUUGCUUCCUCCUGAGAGUCCUCCACAAGAGCUUUCGCUGCGGGGGCAGCAGAAUCAGCAGCAAGACAGCGCAGUGGAUUCUGUUGGAGCACUGUUAGAUGCAACGACAGCAGAGCGAAAAGCACUGGCGGCUGAGGCCGCUGUCAUAAGGGAGUUUGUGGAGGCGAAGGUUAGGCAUUUGUCUUUGGAGGCUAAGAAAGACCUGUUGUUAACACUUCUAGCAGUGGCUGAGGUUGAGGCAUAUUCUCCGAAGGAGCCUGAAGUAUGUCAGCUGUUGGGGCUCCAUGGACCGCGGGCAGGGGUGCUUCCCAGUGCCUCUGCCGCUGCUGCUGCUGCUGCUGAGAAUGUGGGCGAGCAAACAGAGAACGUGGGUUUUGGAGGGCUGCCGGUUGUGUCAGCAUGGCGUCGGCUGCUGCAGUUGCCUGAGAACGCCCUUAGGGGUGAGAGUCCUCUUUCCGCGGCGGAGGCAGAGGCCCUUAGUGCUGAAGAGGUAAAGCUGCGCUACCUGCGUGUUAUACAGCAAGCCAGGCAAGAGAGCAUCAAGGCUUCGCUCAAACGCUGCAAUUACAUGGAGGAGCCUGAGGGUUCUGAGGAAGGCCCAAAAGACCAACCGUUGCCUACAGAAAGCCUUCGGGACAACAGCACGUCUCAAGGGAUUUUAGAAGGUAAACAACCGACCAAAGCAGAUUCUGAGAAACCUAAAGUCUCAGAGGACCCCCAGCAUUCACUGCGACAUGUCACCGGCAGCGACUGCCUUGACCAUAGGGUUGACGUUGGUGACUCAGCUCCCGCGAAGGCCACGACCGUGGAUGCUGCUGUAGAGGUCCCCUUCAAACCGAAGUCGAGUGCUUCUGAGUCCCCCGGAGCGGCCAAGAGGCACGACAAAAAACCCGCAGCUGCUGAAAGCCCCAGUAUUGUUGUCCCCACAGCGAGCGUAGGAAUACCAAUAAGCAAGAACGAUGCAGCAUUCCAGAGUAGACAUGACGGCGACCAACAGGUCGAGAAAGAGGAGCUUCUGGACCCUUCGCGGAAACCCAAAAUUGUCCUGAAAGACAAACCUGCAGCGGGGGACAGUGAAGGCACUUCUGGAGGCAGCAGGCCAGCGGAUUUGACAGCUGGUGCUGGUCGGUUCGCUGCCUUGGGGCUAAAUAAUGUUGUGAGUUCUGCAGCAGCAGCUUUCUUGGGAGGAACAGCACCCAGGCCGACGCCAACUCAACAGCGCGUCGUACCUCACAUAUUAGAGGCCUUUAAAAGGGCCGAGAGAAAGUCACGGAGCUCGAUGGCGGAUAGAUUGCCUGUCGACAGUUUGGUGGCGUUGCGAGCACAUACAGGAAGUGGGAAGACACUCGCCUACUUGUUGCCGCUAAUGCAAACGUUGCGAGAACAAGAAACUGCAGCGGCUGCAGCAGAGAAGCGUAGAGCGAGAGAAGAGGCGGAAUACACAGAUCUGAUGGAUUGCAAGGCCCUUGAGGAGAACCUUGGAGGCCACGGGGGGUCCCACAGAGCAAUCUUUGGUGCAAGAGGCCCGCGCGCACUUGUAGUUUGCCCUUCAAGACCCCUGGCAGCCCAGGUAGCUUCUGCCGCAGCUGCGCUUGCAAAGCGCAUUAGGCUUUCUGUUGGUUGCACUACAGGCGGGGUCGGAACUGGAGACCAGCUUCGGCUUUUGCGGCGUCGCCUUGUGGAUAUCCUCAUUGGCACUCCAGACCGCUUAUUGCGCCUAACGCGUCCGAACCCUGUAGAGAGCAGAACAUCAGGGACCGGAGAGAGGAAUGACAGUACACAAAGAACCAUCUGGGGAUUGCCGAGCCUCGAAAGCGUGCAGUUUUGCAUUCUCGACGAAGCAGAUGCAUCAUGGCUUGGAGGUUUCAGAGCGGAGGUUGAGAAGCUGCUGAUUCGUUCCCAUUUCCUCCCUGCAGGCUCACAACAAAAGGGGGAACAGGAGAGCAUAGGGGCUCGACCCAAAGUCUUGCUGACCUGCACAGCUACGCCUAAUAGUGGGAUUGAGGCGGACCUUUGUGAGCUAUUAGAGCUGCCGGCUGAGAGGAUUCUCACUGUCUCAGGAGGCCCAUCCUUUCCUCCCCAGACUCAGUUGCGUCAUGAAAUGAUGCAGGCUGGUGGAACCGACCGUUUUUUGUUGCUUGUUGAACAAAUAAAGAUCCACCCAGAGCUGCGGGCCAAAAAGAUUUUGAUCUUCUGCAACACAGUCGAUAGCUGCCGCGCCUGCUGCCACCACCUGCAAGCUGCUGAUCUCCCUGCAGAGGGCUAUGACGGCUCUUUACCUGCCAGCGUGCGAGAAAAGAACCUCCGUUUAUUUCAAGAAGGAAGCGGUCAGCGAAUUUUGGUUGCUACGGACGCUGUAGCACGCGGUAUCCACAUCGGCGGAGUGGAUGUUGUCGUCAAUGCAGACUUCCCCCUAACGACAGUGGAGUACUUGCACAGGGCCGGACGAACUGGGCGAGUUGACUCUAAAGGGUUUGUGCUCUCCUUCGUAUCAAAGAAGGACGCAGCUGUUGCAGCAGCAGUGAGGGCAUCUCUCUCUGCAGGACUUUCUGUCGAGGGAAUAGAUGAGCGCGUUCCUAGGCCUAAGAGUCCUUCCGGCUACCGAUCAACCAAGAUCCGACAAGCGAAGCCGAAAUCGAAAGCGCGACGAGGAGGCUGGAAGCCCCCCAGGUCUAAGGAAUGGCAUGCCGCACGGAUGGAAAGGAUGGAAAGGGCUAAGAGACUUAAAGAGAAGCGACGAGGAAAGGAUUAUCCCAAGGGAAGGCGCCUAGGUCGUUACUGA